AUGGAUGGGUGGACGCGGACGCUCAUAAAAUCUAUUUUAAUUUAAAUAAAACAAAAUAUGUACAAAAUAAAAGCGAUUGUGUGAAGUUCAUUUUAAAAAUAUAGAAAUUAACUUGAAAAUAACAGUUUCCGCUCUCGACUAUUAGUUUUCGGUCAAUUUAUUGGUAAAGCCUUAUUGGAGAACUUGCCACAAUGUGGUCAGUGCUGGUGGUGCCUGACGAGGUGAAGGAGGACGGUGACCUGACUGCGUGUAUCGGAUGUCUGGCCACGGAGGGCAAGCUGUACGACAUAUAUGCUAACAAUCUGGUUGAGAGCUUUAUACAGUUGGUUGGGAUUUCUGAGAUUGAGAGCCACUCCCCGCGCCACCUGUGCGCGUUCUGCCUGUCGUCGCUGCGGCGCGGCGCCGCCUUCCGCCGCUCGUGCGCCCGCGCACGCGCCGCGCUGCAGCUCGCCGCGCCGAUCACAACAAGUUACCUCAAUGAAGUCAAUAAGAAACUAAAACAUCCGUACGCACGGACACCCGUCAAGACUCUAGACGUGACGGCGACAGACCAGCCGGAGAUUAAACAGGAGGAGUAUUUCUCAGACUCCGACGAUUACUUCCUCAUCACUAUUGGUAAUUCAAACAGAUUGAAGAAGGACCAAGAUUCCGUUAAAAAUGAUUCAGCAGCAGAAGAGAAGGAAGACGUGCCGUCGGGGAGGGACAGUGACAGCGAAGUUGAAACGUUGCCAAUUUUCGCUGACAGCGUAAAAAAAGAAGUGAAAAAUAAAAAGAGAGUUAACAUAAAAAAAGAAAGGAAACCUAAAAAGUGUAAGAGCGACGAGGAAAUAGUGAGGAAUGUGAACGCUUUCAAUUUCGAUGUAGUUUUCUUGUCCAAAGACGAUCAAAUUCGGGAGCAGAAUGAUUUGAAGACGAGGAAGAUCAAAUAUCUGAGGAACGACAAGAGAUGCGAGCUCUGUGGCAAAAAUUUCAAGACCAAACGGUCGAGAGAGGUGCAUUACAAGAAGUACCACGACGAGACCGUCGGCGCGUUCUCGUGCGAGAUAUGCCACUGCCGGUUCCCCGCCAAGAACAGGCUGAACUCUCACAUGAAGCUGCACAGGGAGCGGUUCCACUGCAGGAACUGCGACUUCGUCACGAACAGGGAGUGCGGCCUGCGUCUGCAUUACGAGUUCCACCAGGGCAAGAAGUAUAUAUGCGAGUUUUGCAAAAAAGACUUUGCAAAAGUGUCCAGCUACAUGUCCCACGUGAGAUUGCUGCACGCCAACUUGCUGCCGUGGUGCGAACUGUGCGGGGAGUCGUUCAUCGGCGAGAAGGGCGUUCAGGCUCACAAGAGCAGGGCGCACAAGGACGUGGAAGAGCCAAGUUUUAAGUGUAAAAAGUGCAAAAUGUGUUUCAUGACGGAGCAAGCUUUGGAGAAGCACAAAAGUUUGAACAAGUGCGAUUUGUCCAACUGUGUGCAUUGUGGGGACGCGUUCGCCAGUCUGCAGCUGUUGAAAUAUCACCUGAUCCAGCGGCACGGGGUCGAAGGGCCGGCCGUGACGGACUGUGGUCAGUGCGGGGUGAGCUUCCACAGCAGCGCGGCGUUCCAGAGACACGCGAGUGCGUGCGGGGCGGGCGCCGUGUGCGUGCAGUGCGGGCGGGACUUCGACGGCGAGGCGGCUCUCGGCGAGCACGAGGCGCGGGAGCACACCGCGUUCUUCUUCAAGUGUGAAGAGUGUUCCCGCACGUUCACGAACGCGUACUACUUCCGCGACCACUGCGCGCGCGGGCACGAGCGCGCGCGCCGCGACCCCGCGCGGGACGACAAAGACAAACCGCCGGCGCCGCGCAGACGCGGGCGGCGCCCCAACCCGCACGCGGAGCCCCUCGUGCGGAAGUGGAGGGUGGUCGCCGGGGAGCGGAGGCUCGUCAUGGAGAAGCUGUCCUCCGACGGACAGGUCAUUAAAGAAGAGCGGGUCAGGGACGCUGUGUGCGAAUUGUGCGGGAAGGCUUUUGCGUGCGAGCUAUAUGGUCUCGUAUUGGCAACAUUUAACAUGAAAUGUUUUUGUGGUUAUUUAUUCAUCAAUUUAUUUAUUUUAGAACGUGUCCUCCUCCUCCUGAAGCUGCACCAGCGACUCCACACCGGAGAGAAGCUGUUCUCGUGCUCGUUCUGCGGCAAGAAGUUCAACGUGUCCACGCUGCUCAGGAACCACAUGCGCGUGCACACGGGCGAGCGGCCGUUCAAAUGCUCGGAUUGCCCGAAAGCGUUCAAGGAGUACGCCGGCUACAAGAGGCAUUUGCUGAGCCACACGGGCGUCCGCAAGCACGUGUGCGAGAUUUGCCAGAAGACGUUCAUGACGUCGACGUGCGUGAAGGUGCACAUCCGCACCGUGCACAUGAAGAUCCCCAUGCCGCCGCGCGUGCGCAGGCCCCGCGUCAAGCACGAGUGAAUGUUCAUGCUCGAAUAAACAUAUAUAUAUACAGGGUGACUUUUAAUUCAACUGCAUAAAUUUAACUGUUAAGUGUACUCAUCUAAAGGAUAUUUAAAAACGUUAAAAGAAAAUUAUCGGUUCAUAUUUCAGAAAGUACGAAAUAAAUAAAAGUAUCAAAAUCCACGAUCCUAAAUACGUCAUAUCACCCCGGCCGGCGGAAAAGCGACGCGUAAGAUACAGAGGUUAACGACACAAUUCAUUCAGCUGAGCGAUCUCGACAACUCUGAACUUUACUUGAUCUUGAUACUAGAAAAAUUAUUUAUUUUACAGACAUUUAUUUACAUGUUUAGUUUUAAUUUCUUUUUGCAGUAUUGGCAUGUAUAAAAGCGGGUAACGUAGUUUUUGAGGGUUUUUUAAAUGUGAAAAUGAUGACGUUUAAUUUAAAUAAAAAUAGGCUCAAACGGCUCAGAAGCAUGGGUAUAGUCUAUGUUUAAAAGGAUGCAGUUGUUUUAAAUGUCACCCUGUAUAUAUACGGCACAGAUUACACAGAUCGAGUUUGCCACGAAGUGAGUUCUAGACUCGUGUCACGAGAUACUAACUCAACAAUACUAUGUUAUAAUUGAUGAUUUUAGAGCAAGAAAAUAAAAACUGGAUGUUAUAGAUAUGUAAAUUACUUUAUUACAAUUAAUUAGCGCACAAAAAACAGUGUUCACGGAUAUUGACGUAUGUUACCAGAGAGCGAGAGCAAAAAGGGCGGGAAGCUACCACAGACUAUAUAAUUUGAUUGCGUUCACAAAUCUCUAACACUCCCUACAGAACGCAAUCCCAUUUUAGUUAUACAAUACAAAUGUUUCUCAAAAGUGGUUCCUUUAGUUAAGUUAUCAGCUACCAUAUUACAACUGUUAACAAACAAAAAUUUUAUUUUACAUUUAACAAUAUUCUCUCUAAUAAAAUGCCACCGAAUGUCUAUGUGCUUAGUUCUUGGUUUGUAACAGUCCGUUGAAGCCAGCUUGAUAGCACUUUGAUUGUCGCAGUAUAUGAGAAGCGCACCAUCGUCGCCUUGGCCAAGCUCUGCUUGUAACUGCUGUAGCCACAAAGCUUCCUGGGUAGCCGACGCCAUUGCCAUAUACUCAGCCUCGGCAGUAGAAAGUGCUACUGUCUGUUGUUUACAUGAAUUCCAUGAUAUAGAUGCAUUCUGAAACAGAAAAGUAUAACCCGUGCAGGAUCUUCUAUCUAGUGAGUCGCUAGCCCAGUCAGCAUCGCAGUAUCCUGUUAUGCUAUGAGACUCUUCCCUUUUAUAGCACAUCUUUAGGUCCUUUGUGCCCUGGAGAUAUCGCAUAACUCGCUUCACUCCAAGCCAGUGUUGAUGUCCUGGAUUGUUGCAGAAUUGACUCAGUUUACUCACAGCAAAGGUAAUAUCAGGCCUGGAAACAUGUGCAAGGUAUAUAAGACAUCCUACCGCCUCUCUGUAUGGAAUAUCAAUAUCCCUGUCUUCAGAAUUCUUUUCGAAUUUUUCAUUUACUUCAAUAGGAGUACGGACUGGUUUGCAUUCAGACAUGCCAAAACGUUUCAACAUCAUGUUAAUGUACUUCUCUUGAUCUAACAAUAUCACACCUGUUUUUCGAUUCCUGCUUAUACUUAUACCAAUACACUGCUUCACGUCUCCCAAGUCUUUCAUACUAAAUUCUGCUUUCAAUUUUUCUUCAAUUUCUUUUCUAGUUAUAGUAGAACUGGUGAAUAUUAAGAAAUCAUCUACCCAGACUGCAAUGAAUAUCAUUGUUGAAUGAUUCACCAAAUGAUACAGACAAGGAUCAAUCUUUGAUCUAGUCAAUCCAAUAUUAAGUAGUGCAGAAUUCAAUUUAAUAUUCCAUUGUCUGCUAGCCUGUUUAAGUCCGUAAAUUGAUUUAUGAAGGAAGCAUACCUGGUUAUUUUUCCUGUAGUUUUCGGGUUGUGACAUAUAAAUCUCAGUGUCUAUGUCACCCUGUAGAAAUGCACUUACAGCAUCCAUCUGUGACAUUUCCAGAUCAUACUUUGCAGCUAGGGCUAUCAAGUACCGUAUAGAUGUAUAUCUUACCACUGGUGCAUAUACCUCUUCAUAAUCACUACCCUUCUUCUGAGCAUACCCCUUGAUGACCAAUCUUGCCUUAAAGCGUAUGACCUCUCCUUUCUCAUUAGUUUUGGUUUUAAAUACCCAUUUGCAGGGCAAUGCCCUUUUAUCUGAUGGUAAGUCAACCAACGACCAGGUUUUAUUUUGGAGUAAAGAAUCAUAUUCUUCCUGCAUGGCCUUCUUCCACUGAUCAGCAUGGGAAGAUGAAAGAGCCUCUUCUAAUGUCUUUGGAUCAUUUAGAUUAAAUAUAGGACAAAAAUAACUCACAUCAGGCUCGUCUUCUUCUCUGUAUUCGACAUUUCGCCGUGGGCGUAGAUUUAUAUUACGUAUCGGUGUCUCCAACUCAAUCGAUUCUUCUGGUAAAUAGGUUGAAUCAUCAUUGUCGCCAGACUGGUACUCAUCAUCAGAAGACUCAGGUAGGUUUUCUUCUAUCUCCUCUUUGCAGGUCUCCUCAGGCAGCUGUACUGCUGUUGGACUACUGUUAGACACACAAGGUAAGUAAAUGUUAUUAUUAUUUCCUUCAGUACUUUCUAGGAACACCACAUCUCUACUUUUAAUUAUUUUAUUUGUGCUAGGAUCAAGUACUUGGUAUCCUUUCGUGGAUUCGCAAUAUCCAACAAAUAUUAAUUUUCUUGACUUAGCAUCCCAUUUUUGACGUCGUUCUUUAGGUAUUUGUACCAUAACUUCAGAGCCAAAAAUUCUCAAAUUAGACAAGUUUGGUUUCCUGCCACUCCAUAAUUCUAUUGGGGUUUUACCACCAAGUGACUUUGUUGGAGAUCGGUUAAUCACAUAGGCUGCUGUUGCUAUCGCCUCAGCCCAAUAUUGUUUUGACAAAUUGGCAUCAAACAACAUACACUUUGCUCUUUCCACUAGUGAGCGGUUCAUGCGCUCAGCUAGUCCAUUUUGCUGCGGAGUAUACGGAGUGCUAGUCUGAUGUUCGAUACCAUGUUUGCGCAAGAAACCUUCAAAAUCAGUACUGACAUAUUCUUUACCAUUGUCUGAACGAAUAGAUUUAAUCUUUCUGUCAAGUUCAUUCUCUACCUUGCUCUUAAAAUCUUUAAAAACAUCAAGCACACUCGAUUUGUUUUUCAAUAAAUAUACAUACACUUUUCUAGUGUAAUCAUCUAUGAAAGUAGCAAAAUAUUUCAUACCUCCGAGUGAUACUUGUUCCAUGGGUCCACAGAGAUCGCUGUGAACAAGCUGUAGGGGCUCUGAUGCUCUCGUACCUUUAUUGUUGAAGGGCAGUCUGGAUUGUUUUCCCGUGAUACAGGUGAUGCAGGUGAUCGAGCUUCUACUUUUGUCAGGGAAAGGAUUGACACCCUCUGCACACUCUGGCAACUUGUUAACAUCUGUAAAAUUCAGGUGGCCCAUCCUUCUGUGCCACAAAACAACAUCAUUUAGGUUAUUAGAACAUGUAAGGUUGCAAUAUACUUCUCGGUGUGUGUCUAAUUGGUAUAAAUUAUUCACUAAUGUUGCUGAACACAAGAGUUUAUUAUUAUGAUCAUAGAUAUCACAGCCUUUGUCUCUAAAAAUUACUUUACAACCAUUUUUCACCAUGGCACUGACAGACAACAAAUUAGCUGCAAGUUUAGGUAUGUAUAGCACUUGCCUUACCUGAAUUUUACUCCCUUCAUCACCUUGCAUCAAUAAAUUUACCUUUCCCAUACUUUUAACAGGUAACGGUGUCUUACUGGCAACUGUUAUUGAUGGUAUCGGUGGACUUGUGACAUCAUACAUAGAUUGACAAUUAUUUGUCAUGUGCAUCGAAGCACCUGAGUCCACAUACCAUAAAUCAGGAUGCAUGGACUGUGAAGAAGCUGAAAAUGCUGCAAUGAAACCUAUUUCCUUGCUUUCUUCUUUAUUUUUACUUUCCAAAUUCUUCUUAUUCACAUUGCUAUAGCAAUUCUUUGCAAUAUGGCCAUGUUUAUUGCACUUAUAACAUCUGGGCCCUUUGUUGAACUUCGAUAUAUUGUUAACAUGGCUCACACCCUUUUUCCUUGUGAAGAACGCUGAGCUCUCUGAGCAUUGUACUUCCUGCAGGAGUUUUGUUUUAAUGGCGUCUGCGCUGAUCUUGAUUCCGGAGCUCUCCAAUCCCAUAAUCAUAGGCUUAUACGUCUCAGGUAAGCCUGCCAACAUCAGCGUUCCGAGCCAUUCAUCAUCAAUAUUGAACUUAAUAUUUCUAAGCUUGUGUGCACUCGACAUUAUCUUGUUAACGUAAUCAUCAACAUUUCUUGAAGAAUCCAAAGUAGUUGUUAUGAGGUCUCUCAGCAAAGCUACCCUCCUGUACAACCCACUAUCGUCAAAAGCUUUCUCCAAAUUUUCCCAGACAUCUUUACAUGUAAUUGCGUUCUGUACAUGCACAUAGUUGAUUGGAUCUAAUAACAAGAUUAGCUUUGACUUAGCUUUUGUUUCCUUCUUUGUAUCUGAGUUUGUUCCAGUGACGCAGCACCACAAUUCUUCCAGCUCGAAAUAUGCCUGUACAGCGAAUUUCCAACUAGCAUAAUUGUCUCUUCCGACAAGUCUAUCGAUGUGGAAAGGAUUGUGUCCGGCAUUCGACAUUUUUGCAGUGUACCUACUCUCAACAAAAGAUUGCUGUAGGCGGUAUUUUUCACGCGGCAAACUUCUAGCCUCAAAAUGGCUGACAGCACAAAAUACUUUCACGGAACAAACUAAUGACUUUAUUUUCUUGCUUAGUAACUACGCUCUGCUACCAUGAUGAUUUUAGAGCAAGAAAAUAAAAACUGGAUGUUAUAGAUAUGUAAAUUACUUUAUUACAAUUAAUUAGCGCACAAAAAACAGUGUUCACGGAUAUUGACGUAUGUUACCAGAGAGCGAGAGCAAAAAGGGCGGGAAGCUACCACAGACUAUAUAAUUUGAUUGCGUUCACAAAUCUCUAACAAUAAUAAAUACUUAUACAGAUAAACAUCCGAGACCCAGGCCGAUCACAGAAAGUUCGUUUCUCUGGGAUAAAAGUGUAUGUUAGUCUGGGUCUUCAGAUACCUACAUACCAAAUUUCAUCGUAAUUGGUUCAGUAGUUUUUGCGUAAAAGCAUAACAAACAUCCAUACUGAUAUACUCACAAACUUUCGCACUUAUAAUAUUAGUAGGAUGUUUACACGUCGUAAUUAUAUAAACCCUUAACAACAGUGUAUUUUGAAGAUAUGUGUAUAAGAAACAUUGGUUUUGCCGUGACUUCACUUACGAGACAAUUUCAGAAAAUGGUUACAUAACGGAGAAUUCCGAACUUGUUUUGAACUGUGCUAUUUUAUGUUUGUUAGGGAUAAUCCGAUUAUUUAGUAGAUGAUGUUAAUGUAAAUUUGUAUUUUGUACAUAUUUGUAAAUAUGUUUUAUGAUAUAAUUUAAAUUUUAAUUAUUUUUAUGAUGUAAAUAAAAUAGAAAGUAAAUGUUUAUAAUGCACUAUAAAGAUUUAAUUUUAUUUAACAAAUAUAUGUGAAUUUUAUGAUCAAAAUUUGUUCAUCUUUUUUUGUAAACUUGAUAUGAAAAUGAAGUAUUUUUUUUUUCGUGUAGGAAAGAAUAUCCAGUGUCGUGUGGAUUUCGCCUUAUUGUUAUUUAUAUUUGUGUGAGUAUUUAGUGUUAAAAAUAAAUCAACUUUUUUAAAUUA